AUGCUGGGUAGUGAUAUGACGGUAUCAAUUUGUAUACCAUCCUCGGCUAUCAGAUGUGAAAACUCGAAGAACUUGCUGCAAGCCACUUAUAUUGCCUACCAAAUAUCAAAACUAGCUACUGUUUACAAAGUGCUGGAGCUCAUCGUUCUAGACGCCCCAGAUCGUUCCUCAUCAAAAAUUCAAGAGACUGACAGUGUGGGUAAUCAUGGCAGCAAGAAAAGAGUCUUCGCUGAAUUUUCUGCGGAGGACACGAAGACUGUGCCAGAUUUCGAGAGUGAUAAAAGCAAUGAGGCUGUUCUUCUCGGCUCUUUGUUACAAUACUUUAUCACUCCUCCUUAUCUAGUGAAAAGUCUUUUUAAACAGAGGGAAAGAGCUUCGUUCAAACAUGCAGCCAAACUUCCCAAGUUAACUGCUCUUCCUUUCAUGAUAGAGAACGACAAGAAAUAUAAAGAGGGUUUGACUAUACCCAAGCACACCCCGAAAAUGUCCAGAAAGGGAAGACACUCGAAGCCCCACAAGAAACUUCAAGUUACUAGAUUCGUCAAUAUUGGUGCUUCAAAGCCACUCAUUUUGGAAGGACAAGACGUUCCUGUUAAUGUUCGGGUAACCGUGGAUUUAUCACAGAAGAAGGUAGUUAGUCCUCAGGUAGCAUACAAGUCGUCGAACAAAACGGCCUCUUUCGCUUAUACUGUGCGUUACUCUAGUUCAAUUAGCUCAAUUUAUACUGAACUGGGUGUGCAAGGUGGUUACACGGAGACAGCCUUCGUAGAAGCUGAUCAUUAUCAUCCCAAAGACAAAUACCAGUCUUUACCACAGUACUACAAAAAAGAUUCAGGCAAUAUUCUUCUUUUGGUUGGCAAUUGGAGGGAUUUUGAAGCCUGCGCUGCCGAUGAUAAAAAUUUAGGAAGCAUAUCUGACGUGGUGGAUUGUAAAAUUGCCAUGCCUCCAGGUGUAAGGAUUGAGGAUGCCGCUUUGAUAGCAUUGGCCAAACUAUCGAACCCUUAA